AUGUCCUCAGGGCAUGAUUUAUACCCAUAUGCGUUACCGUUAAUUCUAUGUAGAUGUUUUUACAGUAACAGAAGAGAACAUUGGACUGAAGGAGUGACUGGUAGCGACUCCGUUGCUAAGUUGCUUUUCUCACGAACUACAUGGACUACUUCACAGGCACCGCAAGAGCUGAAGGUCGCCGGAAGUUCGUCCGUUCGAAGAGGAGGCGCAGCAGCAGACGAAGACAAGACGGAAAGUGCUCCGUCUGUGGCCACUGCAAGGACCACUAAAAAUGAUUUAUCACAUAUUGGACGUUUUCUGCUGAGGCGUUCUGGAGACGCAUAUGCACGUAUGAAGAAAGCUAAUUUGUCCCUGUUGUUUCUGUAUGGUUAG